CUCCCCACCCCAAAAAAGACAGUCCAGAAAUCAAUUUCACAUAAUCGGUUGAUCGGGAAGCUGAUCUGACCCGCGUCUGGGUUUUGGCAGCAAGUGCUCAGCACGCUUUUCCUCUCCUUCACCUGUUGCACCACGUACGCAAUUUUUUUCCUACACAUAAUUCGCAAUGAACAGUGACGAUGCGCCGCAGAGCAAGCCACGGAGCACCCCUAAUGUGCUGAUCACUGGCACCCCGGGCACGGGCAAAACGACAACGGCAGAGAUGGUCGCGAUGGCCACUGGGCUGAAGAAGAUCACGGUCGGUGAUCUAGUCAAGGAGCGCACCCUGCACGACGGCUACAACGAGGAAUUCGACACGUACUGGCUCAACGAGGACAAGGUCGUUGACGAGAUGGAGGACAUGCUGGCGGACGGCGGCGUCUGCGUCGACUACCACACCUGCGACUUCUUCCCCAAGCGGUGGUUUGACCUGGUGGUUGUUCUGCGUGCGACCACCGACAAGGUGUUUGACAGACUGACGGAGCGCGGAUACAAGCAGAACAAGAUUUCGGAGAAUAUCGAGAGCGAGAUCAUGCAGGUGGUGCUGGACGAGGCGCGCGAGUCUUAUGAUGAGGAGAUCAUCAUGGAGCUGCCCAGCAACACGGUUGAUGAGAUGGAGGACAAUGUCGAAAAGAUCACUGCGUUUGUUGAGCAGUUCCGGCAGGCGCGCCAGUAGACAGUUUUAUGUGCCGGCCCAGGGUCUGCUUUUGACAUAUGUCAAUUCGUGCUCCAUGUGAAUACAGUGCAUGCCUUCGAACGUGUCUUGAUACUCCCCACCCGGCUGCCCGCCCCCCCGACCGGCCACGGUGCUUACUAUGGCAGUGACGAUCCUUACGAUAAAUGGACGCCGGUGACUGCCAACUG